UCCAUCCAUCCAUCCAUCCAUCCAUCCAUCCAUCCCUUGGCGCCGGGAGCUGGAGUCGCCGCCCUCCAUCGCCUGUGUUUAUUAUCCCUGUGGGACCUUUGUGCCGCCUGGGAGCGGAGUGUUGGCGUUUUUCGCGUGUCCGUGGUGACGGCGCGGUGACAGCGCGGUGACAGCGCUGCGGUGUCGCCCCUGCCCGCCACACCCCUGCUCACCGGGGCGGGGCCCCGCUAUUUAACGGGCGCCUCUCAGCCCGGAGAGCCGUGCCGGGCACGGAGAUCCCCAGCGCUUCCGGCAUUGUCUCUUCUGGGAACUUUUCCGCAGAUUUGCUUGGAGACCACUGAGGAUGUGUGAUCCCAACCAAGGCCCGCCACGACCACACCUUGCUGUGUGCCCCCCCGCCCCUCCGGGAUACGCUGGUCCUGGCACAGGUCCCUACCCUGGUGGCAUUGCAGUUUGCCCUGCUGCCCCUCCGGGACACCCCGGUCCUGGCACAGGUCCCUACCCUGGCGGCGUGGCAAUCUGCCCCCCGUGCCCUGCUCCACCUGGCCAGCACCCCUAUGGGCACCCCCCGUCAGGGCAUCAUCCCCAAGGGCACCAGGAGCACCACAAGAAGCACCAUAAGAAGCACCAUAAGAAGAAGCACUGCCAGCACCAUGAGGGCAAGCCCUCUGGUGGCUCGAGCAGCUCAAGCAGCAGCUCUGACUCUGACUGAACAUCUGGCAUGUCCCACCUGCUCUGCGGUGAUCAGCAAAACGUGAAGCCAAACUUCUCAUGGGAACCCUCUGCAUGUCGCUCCCCUCUCUACCCCUUUCCCUUGGAGCAGUGUUUUGCCUGCUGAGUGAUUUUUCUUGUGUGUAGCUUAUAAAUUCUUUUACCUGGAAUCUCCGAGUCAAUGGACAGUAUUUCCACCCUCUAUCUUUUGGGAGAGCCUGCUGAAAGUCAUCACAUGCUGUUUUCCAGUCUGCUGCUGUGUGUUUUUUACUGGGCAGUGAUGCUGGCUACUAACAUGGAUCCCAUCAAACUCCUUACAUGUUGUGUGAGCUUUCUCAGGUGUAGCAGAGGGAGUGGCUGGGGGAUGCUGUAAUUAUGUGGGCUACCAUCAUCCAUGCCAGGGUAAUAAUUUAUAGGAAAGAGCUUACCAUGGCAGAGGAAUUCUCCCAUGAACAGAUAAGGAGCAUGAACAGCUGGAGGUAUUCAAGAGCAGUGCUUGGAGCAAUCUGCGUCCCUGCCCAUGGCAGGAGGAGUGGAAUGAGAUGGUCUUUCAGUUCCCUUCCAACCUAAACCAUUCUGUGAUUCCAUGAUUAUCUGGAUUUACCAGUUUGAAACCAGUAGAAUCAACUGCUCACUGAAAAGAAUUUUUAAAAUCCCCACAACUAC